AUGACCAACAAGCCUGUCUAUGGAAGAUUCAGCAUCGAGUCCGUUAGCAGCUGUGACUGCUUCACAGGCACUCCGACGGUACCCAGGAAGCCUCGAGGGAAAAACUUGUAUUUGUACCUGUUGGGUUUAGCUAAGAAUGUGUUCAACGCCGGCAAGGUUAUUAGCACCGUUUCAACGUCUAAGGUACCUCAUGUAAAGGAACUUCUUGGUGAUAGUGUCGUGGAUGAAAUCAUCGACUAUAGAAAAACGGAUCCAAAGACCGCUAUCCCUCCGCAGUCGGUUGACUUUCUCUUUAAUACGACGGGAGACUCCAUGACCUAUCUAUCGCUGAUGCGGCCGACUAGUGUUAUAGUUUCCAUCGCAAUACUAACUUCGGGAGAUGUCCUGCAAAAUUCGAACCUCAUGCGGUUGUCGCCUGAUAGUAAUGACAGGGCGACAGUGCCAUUUCCCAUCCGCAUCGCGCUGAAUGUGCUAGAUCGAAUCCGAACCAUCCGUGCGCCACGACACGGCGUCAAGUAUUCUGCUAUUUUCCUGGAGCCGAACGCUAAAGAUCUGGAUUCCUUUCGUGAGUGGGUUGACUCGGGCAAAUUACGAACUGUUGUUGGGACCAAAGUCCCGUACAAAGAUCUUGAGGCCGUGCGAAAAGCAUGCCAAGUUGUAUUUGGCUCGAAAGGUGGAGUUGGAAAAUCAGUGAUCACAUUCGUGUGA